AUGCAGAGGAGGACGCGCUCACAUAUACUUAUAGCUUUUCCAGCUGACGUCACAACCUACUUUCAACGUGUCGUUCACCAAUCAGCGUUCGUCCUUGCCGAAUACAACCGUGGUAUAUUCGGGUUCAAACGAGAGUCUGUGGGCGAUAGCAACAGGAGCCCGUUCGGUUCAUUAUCUACCCUUACAAAAAUAUGUAGGGAAGCCCUAUUUAAGUAUAAUACUGGUUCAAUUUCUUCUGCAAGAUGUGCUUCCGAUUGGGUUCCAAAGGAAAAAGAAACUCACACUGGACAGAAAUGGGAAGCAAACGACUACAGGUUGGCUAGAUUUAUAGACAGGCCCAAACAUGUAAAUGAAAACUUUGCUAUUAACCUUAUCGCAGAAGUUCCACCAAAAGCAUGUAAAGAACGUGUUGUAUCAUGUGAUGGUGGUAGUGGCCCCACAGGUCACCCCAAAGUCUAUAUUAACUUGGAUAAGCCAGGUGAGCAUGCUUGUGGAUAUUGCGGAUUAAGGUUUUACAGGGAUGAACAGCACCAUUAAAUAUUGUUAUUGUAGUUGUAAAUAAAUAAAUAAAUGUUUAUGAAUUUAUAUUGAUU